AUGCCGCCUUUACCUGUACUUAACAGACCUCAAAUUCAUACGUCAGUCACUGAAAUAAGUCAUGCCAUCGAUCGUACAAUCAAGGAGGAACUGUUUCCAGUUGCCUAUACCACUGAGGAAGAACAGUAUUUCAAGACUAACCCAAAACCAGCUUAUAUCGAUGAAUUGAUAAAGGAUGCUAAAGAGUUUAUUGAUUUGCAGUAUUCCUUGAACCGUGACAAAAUAGUUCUUAUUACCUCCGGCGGUACUACUGUUCCAUUGGAGAACAAUACGGUGCGUUUUAUUGACAACUUCUCUGCUGGUACUCGUGGUGCAUCCAGCGCCGAACAGUUUUUAGCCAAUGGGUACAGUGUUAUAUUUCUUCAUAGGGAAUUUUCAUUGACUCCGUAUAAUAGGUCCUUCUCCCAUAGCAUUGACACUCUGUUUUUAGAUUACAUUGAUUCUGAAGGCAAGAUCAAGCCGGAGUUUUCUGAGAACGUUUUGAAGAACAAAAGACUAUAUGAAAAGUACAUGGAACAAGAAGAGAAACUACUUUUGUUACCGUUCACCACUGUAAACCAAUACCUGUGGUCGUUGAAAAGUAUAGCCAGGCUAUUGAACAAUAGUGGUUGCCUCUUUUAUUUAGCUGCAGCUGUCAGUGAUUUUUUUGUUCCAUAUUCAAGACUACCUCAACACAAGAUUCAAUCAGGAGAUAAUGGUAAAAUGGGAGCAAAUAAUGACACUGAGGGCACGACUAGGACUACCUCCGAUGGUAAACUAAUAGUUAACCUGGACCCCGUUCCUAAGUUUUUGAGAAGACUUGUGGAAUCGUGGGCCACUCAAGCUAUGAUUGUUUCGUUCAAGUUAGAAACCGAUGAAUCCAUGCUACUGUACAAAUCCACACAGGCGCUAGAUAGAUAUAACCAUCAACUAGUCAUCGGAAACCUGUUGCAGACCAGGAACAAACAAGUCAUCUUCGUAUCUCCUGGAAACAGGAAGGGAGACUGGGUACGCUUAGAUGAGAAUCAUCAUAGCAUCGAAGAGAUGAUAAUUCCAGAGGUCAUCGCACGCCAUGAUCAAUGGGUAGCACAAUCAAAAACCAAGUCAGCUACAAAGCAGACUUAA